AUGCUGCGCAUCUGCUUCACGCCCUGGAACCAUCCCUCGACCCGCCGUUCGCUGUCACUCGGCCCUUCUCCUCACAAAGACAAGCCGCAGUCGUCGACCUCGGCCCCCACUGCGCCCAGCUUGCGCGCCGCUUCGGCUUCGCGCGCUCCUCCUGGCCCUCGACCACCGCUCGAGCUCUCGGGCGAUCGCCUCGUCGUGCGCCACGCUCAAGCCGCCAUUGAAGUCGUCCGCCACUUGGCUCGGCUCAACCCGGACGGCUGGGUCAUGCUCAACACGAGCAGCUGCGUCGGCUGGCUCGCCUGCCUCUAUCCCGACUAUCCCAACGAGUCAAGUGGAAGGAUGAUGCAUCACGAGGCCAGGCGCCUCGGCGACAACCUGUUUUUCAGCGACCUUAGCAUCGAUCUCUUCCUAGCUGGUGAUCACUGGCUUGACGGCAAGCUCGACCUCGUCCGCAAGGACCUCUUGAGGGAGCCCGCGUUUCGUGAGGAGCACGGUCAGCUUGUCUUUGACGCGCACCACGACUCGAUCAGCAAGCGGUCGUACCGGCUCAACCUCGACGUCACGCCGCACUGGGUCACGUACACGGGCUGGAACCGCUCGAUUGCAAACUUGAACAACCUGUGCGACGCGCCGCCGGACGCCAUGCUCCUGUACCUCCUGUAUCAGCUCGCCGAGGCGCCGCGCCGCGACGUCAAGGCGCCACACCACGACGUCGAGGCGCACCGCCGCGACGUCAAGCGCCUUUAUGACACGCUCACGGUCGUCUACAUCUUUUCGCGCCUCAUUCACGCCCGCCACCGCGCCCCGCGCUCUCAGGCUGGCAGCUCUGCGAUGGAGUUCCACUGGGACGGCCAGAUGUGGGCGACGAGCACCGCCAAAAGGGCGCUCAAGGACCCGCAGCACCUCAAGCGGUACGAACGCGUCCGCGACAUGUUCAAGCGACGAGACGAGGGCCCGCUCGUGCACGACGUCCUCAAGGAAUGGGCGAUGUCGCUCGUCUCGCAGGCAAACAACCCGGCCGGCCAGCCGUUCCAGCGCGUUCUCGUCAGGAUCCAGUCGUUCCUGAACGACGUGGCCGCCAUGAUUCUCCGUCGACCGGACCCGGCUUUCUCGCUCGGCAAGUCGCUCCCCGUCGGCAUGACCGUCUUUCACCCGGACUCGGCGAGGCGACGCGCGUUUGAGGGUGCGGCGUGA